AGGCCAUCACUCAGUCCCUGAACGCCAUGACUGAGGACAUUUAUACCAAUGGCUCAGCGACUCUGGGCAGCCCCUCCCACAGCAAUGGCCGCGAGAUGCGGAAGAUACGCCUUGUCCAGUUCGAGAAGGUCACGGAGGAGCCCAUGGGAAUCACGCUGAAGCUCAACGACAAGCAGAGCUGCAUGGUGGCCAGGAUCUUCCAUGGUGGCAUGAUUCACAGACAAGGCUCCCUUCAUGUGGGUGAUGAAAUCAUAGAAAUCAAUGGGCAGAGUGUGAGCAACCACUCAGUUGACCAGCUGCAGAAGAUGCUGAAAGAAACCAAGGGGAUGGUCUCAAUAAAAGUCAUUCCCAACCAACAAAGCCGCCUCCCUGCUCUCCAGAUGUUCAUGAGGGCACAGUUUGACUAUGACCCAAAAAAAGACAACCUGAUCCCCUGCAAGGAAGCGGGGCUGAAGUUUCAGACUGGUGACGUGAUUCAAAUCAUAAACAAGGAUGACAGCAACUGGUGGCAGGGCCGGGUGGAGGGCUCCUGCACCGAGUCGGCAGGACUCAUCCCUUCUCCAGAGCUGCAGGAGUGGCGUGUGGCGAGCGUCACCCAGUCCAGUCAGAGCGAAUCCCCGAGCUGUAGCCCCUUUGGGAAGAAGAAGAAGUGCAAAGAUAAAUACCUGGCAAAGCACAGCUCAAUUUUUGACCAGCUGGAUGUGGUUUCGUAUGAGGAGGUGGUGAGGCUGCCUGCUUUCAAGAGGAAGACCCUGGUGCUCAUCGGGGCCAGCGGCGUGGGCCGUAGCCACAUCAAGAAUGCUCUGCUCAGCAACAACCCAGAGAAGUUCAUGUACCCACCUCCAUACACCACACGCCCCCAGAAGAAGAAUGAGGUGGACGGGAAGGACUACUACUUUGUGUCCACCGAGGAGAUGACCCGGGAUAUCUCAGCCAACGAGUUCCUGGAGUUUGGAAGCUACCAGGGAAACAUGUUUGGCACCAAGUUUGAAACAGUGCACAAGAUUCACCAACAGGACAAAGUUGCUAUUUUGGACAUUGAGCCCCAGACCCUGAAGAUCGUCCGCACAGCUGAGCUCUCCCCGUUCAUAGUCUUCAUUGCCCCAACAGACAAGGCAGAGCAGUCAGAGGCUUUGCAGCAGCUGCAGAAGGAUUCAGAGAGCAUCCGGAGCCGAUACGCACACUACUUUGACCUCUCACUGGUCAACAACGGGGUGGAAGAAAGCCUCCAGCUGCUGCAGGAAGCCUUUGAGCAGGCCUGCAGCUCUCCACAGUGGGUGCCCGUGUCCUGGGUCUACUGACAGGGCAUCCAUCCCAGCCGCUUCCCAUCAACCAUCCUACAGCCAUGGGGAGAAACCUCCUCAGCUUCCCUUGAUCCACACACAGCCCAGUGCAACUCCCUUCCUCUGCUGCUCCACGGACAUGGUCUCGGUUGACAUGCACACAGGGUGUCUGGCUCGCCUCUCCCAAGGGAAUGCAGGACA